CCAAAACAGAUUUUGGAUUUAAAGAGAGAAAGAGAGAAAAAGAAGAAGAGGAAAAAAGGAAGGAUUGUUUGGAGAGAGAAAUAGAAGAGUCUCUGUGAAAGAGGUUUGACUCUCUCUAUCUCUCUCUGCAAAUCCAUGGCGUUCUCUUCACACCACCUUCAAAUCGUCCUUCCUAAAAUCCUUCGUUUCUUGCUUUAAGGUUUCAGAGUUUAUAAACGUUUCUGGUGAAUUGGGUCUUGCUGAAAUCUGAGAGUUUUUGAGGGUUCUGUUUGAUGGGGAAUUGCUGUGUAUGUCUCGGUAACGGUGCCCAGAACAACAAGAAGACAAAAAAGAAGCAAAAUCCCUUUGCUACUGAUUUCGGUGGUGCCAAUGGCAAUGAGGGUGGGGACAGGCUGUGCGUUUUGAAAGACCCAACCGGGAAAGACAUUUCGGCUCAAUAUGAUCUGGGUAGGGAGCUCGGCCGUGGAGAAUUUGGUGUCACUUAUCUGUGCACAGAUUUGUCAUCAGGUGAGAAAUACGCCUGCAAAUCAAUUUCGAAGAAGAAGCUGAGGACUGCUGUGGAUAUUGAGGAUGUGAGACGUGAGGUGGAGAUCAUGAGGCAUUUGCCACAGCAUCCCAACAUUGUGUCAUUGAAGGACACUUAUGAGGACGACGAGGCGGUUCACAUUGUGAUGGAGUUGUGUGAGGGAGGCGAGCUGUUUGACCGCAUUGUUGCUAGGGGUCACUACACAGAGCGUGCAGCAGCUGCUGUAAUGCGGACAAUUGUUGAAAUUGUUCAGAGCUGUCAUAAGCAUGGAGUAAUGCAUCGCGAUCUCAAACCAGAAAACUUUCUGUUUGCAAAUAAGAAAGAAUCAGCCGCCUUAAAAGCAAUUGAUUUUGGGUUGUCUGUAUUCUUCAAACCUGGUGAGCAAUUCAAUGAGAUAGUCGGAAGUCCGUACUACAUGGCUCCAGAGGUUCUGAAGCGCAAUUAUGGUCCCGAGGUUGACAUCUGGAGUGCCGGGGUAAUCCUGUACAUUUUACUUUGUGGUGUUCCACCUUUUUGGGCAGAAACUGAACAAGGAGUUGCACAAGCAAUUAUCCGCUCUGUGAUUGAUUUCAAGAGAGAUCCUUGGCCUAGAGUCUCUGAUAAUGCGAAGGACCUGGUAACAAAAAUGCUCGAUCCUGAUCCCAAGAAGCGACUGACAGCUCAAGGAGUACUUGAUCAUCCUUGGAUACAAAAUGCCAAGAAGGCCCCAAAUGUUCCACUUGGUGAGACUGUGAGAGCGAGGCUGAAACAAUUUUCUGUAAUGAACAAACUGAAAAAGAGAGCUCUGGGGGUCAUAGCUGAGCAUUUGUCAGUUGAGGAAGUAGCUGGCAUAAAGGAGGCAUUUCAACUGAUGGAUGCUGACAACAAAGGCAAGGUAUCUCUGGAUCAGCUUCGAAGUGGAAUACAAAAACUCGGCCAGCAGAUUCCUGACCCAGAUCUAAAAAUACUAAUGGAAGCUGCUGAUGUUGAUGGUGAUGGAGCUCUGAAUUAUGGAGAGUUUGUGGCAGUUUCGGUUCACCUUAAAAAGAUGGCCAAUGAUGAGCACCUACGUAAAGCUUUUGAGUUCUUCGAUCAAAACCAAAGUGGUUACAUAGAAAUUGAAGAGUUGCGAAAUGCUUUAAAUGAUGAUGUUGAUGCAGGCGGUGAGGAAGUUAUCCAUGCAAUUAUGCAUGAUGUGGAUACAGAUAAGGAUGGGCGCAUAAGUUAUGAGGAGUUUGUCGCUAUGAUGAAGUCUGGUACAGAUUGGAGAAAAGCAUCCAGACAAUAUUCAAGGGAAAGAUUCAAUAGCAUAAGCUUGAAGUUGAUGCGUGAAGGGUCUUUACAGUUAACCAAUGAGGGUAGAUGAAACCAACAUUCUUUUCAUUUUAUUUUAAUUUAAUUUUUAUUAAUCUACAUAUAUUUGCAAUGAAAUGAUGUUUGAAGAAUUAAAAGUUCCUUCUGUUUUUUGGGCUUGUGAUUGUGUUUUUCCUUUUUCUUGAGAGAAAUUGUGACAUGUAGGACUGGGGAGAGGGUCAAUUAGACCAGCCAUGUUUAGGAUUUGUUAAUCUUGGGACAGUUGAAGGGAACAUGCCAAUUAGUGUUAGUUUUAGUUUCUGAGAUCGUGAACCUUAGUAUGUGUUGUAAAUAUUUCAAUCAAGAGUCGUGGGCCUUUUCCGCUAGAAAGGAUUGUCUUUCAAAUAUGUGCCAUAUUAUUGCUUGCAUAUGAUGUUGAAGAUGGGUCAUGUCAGUUGAUACUGUUCUGAGAUACAAAGAAGACCCGGUUGUUUUAAUAAUUACAUUGCAUCACCAUAUACCAUCCUCCAUAUGCUAUCUCGAAAACUUUACGAGGAACAUGUUUUAUAAUGUAAAAGCUAUUGGUUUGUUUCAUUUGUAUUGUUUUAAAAUACUAGCAUGAUGACCAAAACCUAGCUGCCACUCUUAUUUUGAAAUGGGUCUCUGGUUUUGCACUUUUUAUUCUGGGGAAGGUAUACAUGCUUGUUGUCUGCUAUUUCUUCUGCCAACUCUGGUUGUCCAUGAAAUCCUCAUACCACAACAAUUAAGGGCUUACCAAGCUGCAAUGUCUCAUAUAUGCUCCCUCAGGCGCUGCCCCUCUAGUCGCUGCAUGACAGGUUACAAGAGUUCAUGCUUGUGCUCAUAAUGCUCAAAUGUGGUCUACAGCAAGGACUCAUCACUCAUAUUCCAUCCUGGAGGAGGCAUCGUAGGACAAAGACUACCAAGUUCCAUUGAAUGAGAAGCUGGCUAUACAAGUAUGUCACAUGGUCAUUCUGGUGCCUUUCUCUCUUCCUAGUCAGUAUUGGUCGGAGGAACUUGGUUUCUCAUUCCUUCCUACAUCAACCGUACAAUCCAAGUACGUGAUAGGUGUUUUGGGUCUGAUCUUUUCUUGAAGCGUGUGAAUACUUAGGGGAGAUGGAAACUAUAACGAUGAUUCUUUGGCUGGAAAAAGAGGCUCAUUUCAAAUGGUGCUGACAGCUGAAUGGGAACCUGUGAAUUCAUUUCUUGUCUUUGUAUUGUUCAUAUGGGUGAAAUAAAGCCAUGAAGUACCCUUUGUUUGGUUUAACUGUUCAAGUGCUCAGUGCCAAAAGAACAAAGCGCAAUGCUGAGAGAAGUAUGAGGCGAUUUUUUAUGGUGAAUAUUGGAGUAAUUUUCGA